UUCACAUCUAUGAUCUAUCUAUCUCCAAUUUCAUGUGUGAAUUGAAUCGAAGAAGUUUAUUUACUACUGUCGUCGUGUAGAAUAGUAGAGACAGAUCUAUCAUCUAGGUCGCCGGUGAUACCAUAAACGCUUUUAUUCUAUCGCCGCCACCGAGAACUCGCCGGAAUCACUACUCUCCACGCUUGUUUGAUCGCAAAACAGUUUCCAGCACCUUCCAUCCUCCCCGUGAGUCUGGGAGAGUGUUGUUUUCUCUUCUUGAGCAUAGGUCCUAUCGCCAAAUCUUACAUCCGACGAUUCACGAUUCACUUUCCGCAUCUCCGAUCCAAACUCGGCUUGGUUACGGAACAGAUGUUUUGAUAAUUGAAAAGCUGAGUGAUUUGGAUUGUUGUGUAAUCUAUCUAUGGGGACUGAAAAUCCGGGUCAUCCUAACUUCCCUUCCAGACCUAAUUCCUUGCCGUUUGCGGCUGCACAGACUAUGACACCUUUUUCAUCAAUGGGUCCUGUGGCUGGAUCAGAGCCUCCUUCUUUCCAACCCACUCCUCCUGUACCUCCCCAAGCGCCUACACCAUUUUCAUCGACUGGACCUGCUUUUAGACCAGGAGCACCCAGUUUUAGACCUACACCGCCGGGCAGGUUCAAUGACCCAUCAGUGCCUCCUCCUCCUCCAUCAUCCAAUGUUCCGCCAGCGCCAGCUUCUGGACCUUUCCAGCAUUUUACAGCACCUCCCUUUUCGUCGACUGUUCAGCCUCCUGUCAUUCGAGCUCCACCCUUGGGGCAGCCAUCAAUUCAUCAACAUGCAAGUCAAGCACCUCCCUUUCCCUCAUCUCUUCAUCCUCAGCCGCAGAUGCCUUAUGUUCAAAUGGGGUCUCCACCUAUGGGUUCAAAUGUUCCUCCUCCUCAAUUUCAGCCAUCUGUUCCUGGAUAUGCCCGUAUGCAGCCUGGUACUGAAAUGCAAGCUCCACCUAUAAGAAAUUACGGACCUGCACCGCCUGCACCACCAUCUCCUUUUGCACCUCAUCAAGGAGGCUAUGCUUCAUCACUCCCGGUGGCUACUCCAAUAGGUAUCCAGCCAACACAGCAACCAGGAUAUGCACCCUCUGCUGGUACCAUUCAGGGCUUGACAGAAGACUUCAGUUCGCUCACAAUGCAAACUCGUCCUGGAACAAUGGAUGCAUUAUUUGAUGCUAAAGAUCUUCCAAGGCCAUUGGAUGGUGAUGUGGAGCCGAAGAAUUUGGCGGAAAUUUAUCCCAUGAAUUGCAAACCCAGAUAUAUGAGAUUCACGACCAGUGCAAUUCCCAGCUCCCAGUCCUUAGCUUCAAGGUGGCAUCUGCCUCUUGGAGCAGUUGUAUGUCCACUUGCUGAAUCUCCGGAUGGGGAAGAGGUGCCGAUAAUUAGUUUUGCUCCAGCUAGUGUUGUACGCUGCAGAAGAUGCCGGACAUAUGUAAAUCCUUAUGUGACAUUUACAGAAGCUGGAAGAAAGUACCGGUGCAAUGUAUGCACCUUGCUUAAUGAUGUUCCUAGUGAAUAUUAUGCACAGUUAGAUGCCACUGGAAAAAGAGUUGAUUUGAAUCAGCGACCCGAGCUUACAAAGGGUACUGUAGAAUUUGUUGCCCCUGCUGAAUAUAUGGUGCGGCCUCCUAUGCCCCCAGUGUAUUUCUUCCUCAUUGAUGUUUCCAUAUCUGCAGUUAGAAGUGGCAUGAUUGAGGUUGCAGCCCAAACAAUCAAGUCCUGCUUAGACGAGCUGCCUGGCUUUCCACGAACACAAAUAGGGUUUGCAACUUUUGACAGCACUAUUCAUUUUUAUAACUUGAAGUCAACCUUGAAUCAACCACAGAUGUUUGUAGUCUCAGAUCUGGAUGACAUAUUUAUUCCGCUCCCAGAUGAUCUUCUUGUUAACUUAUCUGAGUCAAGAAGUGUGGUGGAAGCCUUCCUAGAUAGUUUGCCAACUAUGUUUCAAGAUAAUGUUAAUCUGGAAUCAGCUUUUGGUCCUGCUCUUAAGGCUGCUUUCAUGGUUAUGAGUACACUUGGAGGGAAAUUGUUAAUUUUUCAAAACACACUUCCAUCUCUCGGUGUUGGUCGCUUGAGGUUACGGGGAGAUGAUUCUCGGGUUUAUGGGACAGAUAAAGAACAUGGACUGAGACUGCCCGAAGAUCCAUUUUAUAAGCAAAUGGCUGCUGAGUUUUCUAAGUACCAAAUAUCAGUAAAUAUAUAUGCAUUCAGUGAUAAGUACACUGACAUAGCCUCCUUAGGAACUCUGGCGAAGUACACUGCUGGUCAAGUGAAUUACUAUCCAGCUUUCCACUCAGCCAUUCAUGGAGAGAAAUUGAGUUAUGAAUUAAGGAGAGACCUCACUAGAGAGACUGCAUGGGAAGCUGUAAUGCGUAUUAGAUGUGCCAAAGGUGUUCGCUUCACAACUUAUCAUGGAAACUUCAUGCUAAGAUCCACAGAUUUGUUAGCACUUCCAGCUGUAGAUUGUGAUAAAGCCUUUGCCAUGCAGUUAUCACUCGAAGAGACAUUAUUGACAACUCAGACUAUUUAUUUUCAAGUUGCAUUGCUUUACACUGCAUCCUGUGGAGAAAGGCGUAUCAGAGUACACACAAUGGCAGUGCCUGUAGUUACAGACUUGGCGGAUAUGUAUCGCCUGGCUGAUACUGGUGCACUUGUCUCUCUAUUUUCUAGGCUAGCUAAUGAAAAAACAUUGUCCCAAAAACUGGAAGAUGCACGGAGUGCUGUGCAACUAAGAAUUGUGAAAGCCCUCAAGGAGUAUCGAAAUCUUUAUGCUGUGCAACAUCGCUUGGCCAACAGAAUGAUAUAUCCCGAAUCUUUAAAGUUCCUAAUGUUGUAUGGAUUAGCUCUUUGUAGAUCAAUGGCUCUACGAGGAGGGUAUGGUGAUGUUCCAUUGGAUGAUCGAUGUGCAGCAGGACAUACAAUCAUGAUUUUACCAAUAAAAAGAUUGUUGAAACUUCUCUAUCCUAGCUUGAUUCGACUGGAUGAAUAUCUUCUAAAGCCAUCUGUACAAGCUGAUGACUUAAAAAGCAUUGAGAGAAGGUUACCUUUGGCUGGGGAGAGCUUAGACUCUAGGGGCCUUUAUUUAUAUGAUGAUGGCUUCCGGUUUAUUAUAUGGUUUGGUAGGGUGAUUUCACCUGAUAUAGCAAAGAAUUUACUCGGGGCAGACUUUGCAGCAGAAUUAUCAAAGGCUACUCUCAAUGAGCAUAAUAAUGAAAUGUCAAGGAGGCUGAUGAGGGUACUUGAAAAGUUAAGAAAUGAUGAUCAUGGAUAUUACCAGUUGUGCCAUCUUGUGAGGCAAGGUGAACAGCCCAAAGAAGGAUUCCUUCUUCUUGCAAACCUUGUUGAGGACCAGAUGGGUGGUAAUAGUGGGUAUGCUGAUUGGAUGCUACAGAUAUCCCGACAAGUGCAUCACUCAUAAUAUUUAGAUACUUCACUUGCUAGAUAAGCAUGGUUUUGUCAAACUUGUUAUCCGUCUCAUAAGUAAGGACCGUUUCUUCAGCUCCGGGAAUAGGUUGAAUAUAUUCUUUAGGGUGCUGGGAUUCUUGACAUGGCUAAUUGGUCGUGACCCCUAAAGAUAGAAGCUUCUAAGAGACUGUUGGUUCAACCUUGAAUGUGUCAGUUAGAUGAACUCUACCAUAAUGAUUGAACUAAAAUGCGCUUUCGUGUGUCCAAUCCUCGAUAGAGAGAAAAAGGAGAGAAACAAAUUUUCCCUGUAAUUUUCCUCGUGAGAUAGAAGUUUGUCUCAUUUUCUUUUUUGUUGUCAGCUUAUGGUUAAUCAUUCAUUUUGUAGAAAAAGAAAAUAGACAGAAAGAAGAGAUGACUUGACCAAAUUAGUCUGCCAAAUAUUUAAUUUUGUUUUGUGAUGAUUGUUACUUAUUUUGAUAUUUAGUGUUUGAAACUUUUUUCUUU